UAGGUGAGAGAGACUGAAACACAGCGGGAGGGAGACAGCAGACAAGCUUUUCUGUCUCUCAUUGAACCGCAGAAUCUUAAACGCAACGAAGUGUUUCAGUUCCAAAGGCUGAGGUGACACAGAGGAGUGUUAUCAAGGGCGCAAGAAGAGUGAAGAGGGGAGAACCAAUGGGAAAUCAGAAGCAGAAAUGGACGGCGGAGGAAGAAGAAGCAUUACUCGCCGGAAUUGCGAAGCACGGUCCCGGCAAGUGGAAGAACAUUCUCAAGGAUCCCGAGUUUGCGCCUUUUCUCACUCAUCGUUCCAACAUUGACCUCAAGGAUAAAUGGAGGAACUUAAGUGUUAAUACUGCUGCUCAAGGUUCUAAAGACAAAGCUAGGAAUCCAAAGAUUAAAGCUGUUAUGCCUGCUCCAGCUGCUAGUUUUCAAAAUGCCACUUCUGUUACUUCAGUUCGUCAAAGUGCAUCUUCUGAUGCUGUCAUUGAUGAUGCUUCUCAAAAGGCACAGGAUGUGAAAAAUGCUCCACGGUAUAAUGGAAUGGUUUUUGAAGCUCUGUCAACGAUAAAAGAUACUAAUGGUUCUGACAUAAAUACCAUUGUUAGUUUCAUUGAGAAAAGGCAUGAGGUUCCUCCAAAUUUCAGAAGGGCAUUAAGUACGAGGUUGAGGAGGCUUGUUGCUCAAGGGAAACUUGAGAAGAUACAAAAUUGUUACAAGAUAAAGAAGGACGCCCCAUCUGGUGCAAAAACACUUCCAAUGAAAGAAAAGGACAUCUGGCAACAUCAACCACCAGCCUCUAGUUUGGUGCCGUCUUAUGAGACCUUCAAGGAUGCUGCUGAUACUGCAGCCUACAGACUCGCAGAAGCUGAGAACAAAUCAUUUCUGGCUGCUGAGGCAGUCAAGGAGGCGGAAAGACUUGCAAAAUUUGCUGAAGAAGCUGAUGCAGUAUUACAACUAGUGAAAGAGAUUUAUGAACAAUGUACUAAUAAACAGUUCGCGUGGUGAAACUUUUCUCUUGGCUUAAAGUAGGUGAAAUACAAGGUCGAUCAUAGAUUAUCAUUGAUUUUAAUUUCUGCAUCGGUUUUUUACCUUGUUUUCUGAUAGAUUUUUCUUUUUUCCCCUUCCUGCACAUUUGUUUGUUAUGGUUACACCAUAAGUCAUGUUUAUAUUAGGCCAAUGUAUUCUGUACCAUAUCCGUCUAGAGUUCCACGGUGGAAGCAGUAGAUAAGAUCUGAUUAGGGAUAUUUUAUCGCUUGGCAAGAGGGUGUCUCAGUCGUAGUUAAGCAUUUGCUAUAUCUUAAUCGUUCAAGUUUUGUCAUCCUUAACCACGCUAUACUUAAGAGUACAAAGAAUAGAAGUGAAUCUUAUGUUAUUGUUUGACACAUGGCAAAUUAUGACAGAGAUCUUACAGUAUCA